CAAUUGUUCUGUUCGCUGUUGUUGUUCCUUCUCUUCUGCCUUAUCUUUUCUAUUAGGAUUUAGUUGAAACAAAUUGUACUACUCUUAAGUCCAAAAGACUUCACCGAGACAAACCCUGCCCCACCUAUUCGUUUAAAUCCAACCCCAACUCCAUUGUAACCACCAAAAUCCACCUAUCUUCCAUUUCUUUAGCUUGGUGCUAAAUUUUAGAAAUGGGAGUUAAUGGCUCACCUAUCACCCAUUUUCUUAUUGCAUAUUAAUAGAGCCAGAAGUUAGGGAUGAGAGCCUUAACUCAUGCAGCACUAGCGUAUGUGUUAAAAAACCAACAAAAUAUUGAAUCCUGGAAGGUGGGGUUUCUCCAAAGUUUCAUUUUGAAAGUGUUAAUGUUAUCUUUUCCCAGAAAAGUUAUUUUCUUGUUUUGGGGUUGUUGAGAUGACGAGACAUUGAAUCUUGGAAGUUGAAAUCCUUCAAAGUUAUUUUGAAGGUGUUAAUGCUAUCUUUUUACUGGGAAAGUUAUUUUCUUGAUUCUGUGUUGUUGAAAUGGCGAUAAUAGAUAUGUCUCAUGUGGACUUAGAGGCCGGUGCCGACAAUGGUGGCAGCAGUCUCCGGUGCUCCAGCAGUUGUAGCAGUGAAGAGGCUUUUGCUAUGGUUAUGGGAGAUGAAAGUCAGAAAUCUGAUGUAAAUGUGAGUCUUGGUACCAGUUCUACUGCUUCAAUAGAUAAUUUUGAGUCUAUUGCAAUGUACACUAAAGGAGGUGGAAAUCAGAAGUACAAGAAGAAUUAUAAUUUAGUGUGUGAAGUAUGCAAGAUUAAGGGUUAUAACAAAGAAAGUUGCUGGAAAGUUAUAGGCUAUCCUCCUGAGUAUAAGUUCAAAAAGAGAGGAGGAGGAACUAGCAGUGCUUACAAUGUGUUUUCAGAAAAUGGGAGUGAAUCUGGUUCACAGGUACAGUUUAGGCAACCAAAAAUGCGACCUCAGGUCUUGGGAAGUCAAACUAACAAUGGAACUAUGAAGUCUAUGGAUGAUCCAAUGAUGGCAAGAAGCUCAGGACAAGGAAACAAUGCAGGGGUACAGGGUGGUGCUAUACAAAUAGGAAACACAUUCUCAAAUGAUCAAUAUGAACAGAUACUGAAUUUGCUGAACAACUCCAACUCACACAACAAUAUCAACAAUGACAAUUCUACUGCUAACAUAGUUGGUAUGACUGUUAAUUCUUCUCCUGAUCAUGAACAUAAGCAGAAUAAUGAUUUUAGUGUAGCAUUGUUGAAUACUAAUAAUAACCAUAAGAGUACUAUACUAUUAAUAUCUGAUAAAGGAAAAUAUUGGAUCAUAGAUACAGGUGCAACAAACCAUAUGGUGUCAGACAUUACGAUGCUUUAUAACUCAUCUGUGAUUGAAACCAGUAAUUCAAAAAAGAUCUAUCUUCCUAAUGGUGAUGUCUCAUAUGAAACUCACAUAAGAACUAGAUAACUAUAGGAAACACAGUUACUAAUGCAUUUCAUGUUCCUCAAUUUAAGUAUAAUCUGCUAUUUGUGUCAAAACUAACCAAGGAACUAGGUUGGUCUGCUUCCUUCUUUCCUGACUUUUGUGUG